UUUUGUACUUUCAUUCAUUUUAUUCCAUUCCUUAAUUUUCUCACAAAAGUGAAACAUCAACAUGUCUCCAAAAAUCACUCUUCUCUCCCUCCUCCUCCUCGUUACUCUCUCAUUACCCAUUUCUUUUGGCUCUCACAUUCACAACUCUCACAAAUCUCCAAAACAUGAAAACUUUGGCCUCAUGAGAAGAUCUUACAGAACCAGUAAGGCUCCUUCAAACUCUGAUCAAGCAACCAUAAGCGUUGAUGACUAUGGAGCCAAAGCCAGCGGAAACGAUGACUCUGAGGCCUUCCUGAAGGCUUGGAAGGAGGCAUGUUCUUCUGGGUCUACUCUUGUUGUCCCUGAGGACAAGGUCUACCAUCUUAAGCCUGUGAAAUUUUCAGGUCCAUGCCAGCCAAAUACUGCUUUAAUGUUGUAUGGAACAAUCAUGGCGUGGUCUGAUAUGUCCGCCUAUGAAGACGAUCGAAAUUUUUGGAUUCAGUUCGUAGGAAUCAAAAACUUCAAAGUUGAUGGUGCAGGUAAAGGCAUUAUUGAUGGCAAUGGCAAGAUAUGGUGGCAGCAUUCCUGCAAAAUUAACCCAGACCAACCAUGCAAGGACGCACCAACUGCUGUAACUUUCAGCCAAUGCACCAACUUGAUCGUGCAAAACCUCAAGUUCCAGAAUCCGCAGCAAAUGCAUAUGAAUUUCGAUCAGAGCUCGAAUGUUAGAGCUUCAAGUCUGAUAGUGCAAGCCCCAGGAAACAGCCCCAAUACUGAUGGGAUUCAUGUGACAGCAACACAGAACAUGUUCAUCAGCAACAGUAUCAUAGGCACCGGUGAUGACUGCAUUUCAAUAGUAAGUGGGUCUAGAAAUGUUAGAGCUACAGAUAUCACCUGUGGACCAGGACAUGGAAUCAGUAUUGGGAGUUUAGGAGCAGAUGAUUCAGAAGCAGAAGUGUCAAAUGUGGAAGUGAACAGAGCAACAUUGAUAGGAACAAUGAAUGGGGUGAGAAUUAAGACUUGGCAGGGAGGUUCUGGGUAUGCAAGAGACAUCAAGUUUAUGAACAUUCAAAUGAGAAAUGUGAGCAACCCCAUCAUCAUUGACCAAAACUACUGUGAUAAAGGAAAACCAUGCCAACAACAGCAGGGAUCAGCUGUACAACUAAGCGAUGUGGUGUAUCAGAACAUAAGAGGAACAAGUGCAUCAGAAGUGGCCAUUAAAUUUGACUGCAGCCAAACAAAGCCUUGCACGGACAUAUACGUUGAAGAUGUGUACUUGAAAACACAAGGACAUGGUGGGGCUGUGGCUUCUUGUGACAACGUUAGAUUUGUCAACCGAGGAAACCUCGUCCCUCAGUGUUCUUGAACAAUAAUAUAUGAUCUACUUUCAUCAGAUCAAACCAAUAUAUUCACAAGUUAUUGGGGUUCUGUGAAUAUCAAUCUGUUCUAAGAAAUAAGUUAUAGAUCAGAGAGCAGGAAAAGGAAAGUAUAAGUUAGGCUUGUUUGGAUGUUUUAUUUAGGCCUCAAGAAGUGUAGUGCUUGACAUGUCAUUAUUGGUGCAUUUUCCAUGUAAAAGUUGGAAAAGCUAGCCAUUGAUGAUUCUAUAUAUAUAGAGUUUGAAUAUAUAUUUACAGUUUGAUUA